UCACUCAGAUCCUUACGCUUGCCCAUUUUUCCUGUUUCCAACAUGUCAACUUCAAGAACUGACUGCUCACUUGCUACCUAAUAAACAUAUCCCACCCGCUGUGCCGUUAUAAUCAAUGUUAUAAUCAAUGUUAUUCAUUUCACCUGUCAGUGGUUGUAAUGUUAUAGGUGAUUGGUGUAUGUACAGUAUGCACAACAUUAGAGAGUUGAAUUUAGGUCAUGAUCAGGUUGUGCUUGUAGUCUGUGCCAGGUAGGCGUGUUUACAGAAGGGGGAAUGCGGAAAGAUUAAUCCAGCAGGUGAUUGCACACAAAAAAACACCAAAGAUAUCCAUGUGGGAAAGUCCCAGGAGAUAUGGUUUAAAAAAGAGGCGCUCUGUGAGAGACACAUGCACUGUUCAUCUACCAAGAAAGAGAAAAAGAGAGAGAGAGAUAGACAGACAGAGAGAGACAGAGAGAGGGAAAAACGGAUAUAAUAUAAUGACUAUGGUUAAGAUUUCUAGUAGGACAUUUCUGUUCAUCAUCAUCCUCAGUGCCUUCAUCAUGGACACAGAAACAGCACGAUGCUGCUUUUCUUACACCCAGAGGCCCAUUCGCUGCAGCCAGCUGAAAGGUUACACCAUCCAGGAAAUCAUCGGAAACUGUGACAUCAGAGCUAUAAUAUUUGAGGCCCGACACGGUAAAUUUGUCUGCGCUGAUCCGAAGAUGAGAUGGACUCAGGACAGAGUCACAUGCCUACGGAAGAAGGCUGCAGUAAUGGGGAAGUCUGGGACACUGAACUGAGGAUGAGUUCCAGCUCAGGACAUUUAAUUCAGCCUUAGAAUUAAGAUUAUCAGUUCUUUCUUCCAAAUGAAGUCUUUAUUUUCCUCUUAUUAGAGCAUCUUAAAGAUGUGCUUCUAUUAGAAUUUUGGCCCCUUGUGGGAGCCGCAGUCUCACAUUCACAUAUUGUGUACCCUAAUACUCAGAGAAUGCUGAGGGAGUUUCUAAUACAUCCAUAUUUUGUUUUGCUUUAUAUAUAAAUAUAAUUUUUUAAUUGUAAAUGUGAAAAACAAACAAGACUGUAUUGAUGGAUAAAAUGUGGUUUGAAAAUUUACUUCUUCCUUCUGUAUAAAUAACAAAAAAAUGAGGAUGCUAAAAAAAAACAAGCAUCACUUACCACAUUAAAUGCACAUUAUGUUAAAUUUUUGUUUAAUAAAAAGCACAGCAUGAA